AUGAAAGAAGUGAGCGGCAUUCCCAUUCCUUUAAAGGACGUGGAUUCCAUCCCAGCUCGAGCUUUUGCUUUCCAAUUUCAGAAGAAGAUGGGCUCAUUCCGAAAGCCCCGGCCACGUUUCAUGAGCUCCCCGGUGCUGAGCGAUUUGCCACGAUUCCUGGCAGCUCGGCAAUCUCUGCAGUUCAGAUCUAACUCUGCCUGGAACAGUGUUCAAACAGCAGUGAUCAAUGUGUUCAAAGGGGGAAGCUUGCAAAACAAUGAACUCUACAUCCUCAAUGAAAAUGUCAGGCAAUUGUUGAAGAGUGAGCUUGGAUCCUUCAUCACAGACUAUUUUCAGAACCAGCUUCUUGCAAAAGGUUUGCUAUACGUAGAAGAAAAAGUUAAGUUUUGUGAAGGAGAAGAUCGUAUCUACGUAUUAUCUGAAACUUGGGAUCACUUCUUCACAGAAACUCUUCCCACACUACAGGCUAUAUUUUACCCUGUUCAGGGUCAAGAAUUGACCAUUCGUCAGAUUUCCUUGCUUGGCUUCCGAGAUUUCGUCUUAUUAAGAGUAAAGUUGGAUGAGAUUCUUCCUUUGGUUCAAAGUAACCUUCCACCCUCCAUUAUUCAGAUGCUGCUGAUUUUACAGGGAGUCCAUGAACCUACAGGUCCCUCUAAGGCCUUUAUGCAACUAGAAGAACUUGUGAAACUGGUAGUUUCCCCGUACCUUGGUUUGUGUGAAGAACAUUGCUUCCCUGGCAGUACCUGUGCCCUGGAGAGACGGUAUUACAGAUCUCGUUACAAACCCAACGGGCUAAGCAUCUCUUCUCACACAGUGGCAACCCGGCAGGUCAGUGAGACCGCCUUGACACCCCUGACUGAACAGGAAGGUGAGGCUUACCUUGAGAAGUGUGGGAGCAUCCGUCGGCAUACAGUCGCCAAUGCUCAUUCUGAUAUCCAGCUGUUGGCCAUGGCUUCCAUUAUGCACUCAGGCAUGCUAGCAGAAGAACCAGACAAUGGCGACCAGUGUCUCCUUUUGCAGCCCAGUUUGAACCACAGACAGUUUUCUAGUGAGCCCAGCAUAGCAGACGGACCGGAAGGACUGGCCACCCCAGACAUGGAGGAACCCGCAGAACUGAACUGCACAUCUGUCUGUUGAAACAGAGGAAAAGAACACUCCUGCACAGCAAAGCAACCUGAUGUUACAGUACUUUUCAUGCUGCUUAGAUCAAGAACUAGAUCCACAGGGCACAUCCUGAAGCUGAUUCUGUUCUUAGGGCUCUAAUAUUAUGAAGGUCCUUUCUGUGGACUACAAAGGUACAAAGUUGUUUCUUUCCAGUGUUGUCUCAGAGCAAUGGUUUCUCAGAGUUUGCUUUUCCAGCUAGGUUUUCGUACUCUCUGUUGCAUUCACUUUUUGUCCCAUCCAGAGGGUGAAUACUGUAAUGCCAGUUUUAUUUUGCCUUGCACAGAUUAGGGAGAUGAACCCUAUGUGUUAGGGACAGGCAGUUUUUCUUCUCUCCUGCAACGUCUUGUGAUAAACACAAGGAAGCCAGUUAUAAAAUCUUCAAGGUUGUCGCAGUGGUGCAUCCCUUUGUAGGACAUUCUCAUUAUAAUCUGGUGUAUAUUUAAAUUAUAAAAAUAGGAACAGUAACACUUCUUCCACUCUCUAGCAUUAGAGCUGCUCAGAGUUAACACAUUCUAAUCUGGGUGAAUGAAAUAAAAUAAAAACAGUAGCCUAAAACAAAACUACUGUGGCUAACAUAUUGUUUUGAGGUUUUGAAUGCAGUACAUCUCAGGGAUUAUUCAAAUUAUUUUCAGAAAACUAUUAAAAGCAUUUUUAGGGAAGGCAACUGACUGCUUGCCAAAAACAACACCAGUGCUGAGCUGGUCAGCAAGCAAUAAUGAAUUUGAGCUACUGGAGAGAUUACCUUCUAUAAAUUAGGGGUUGCUGGUUUAAGACUGAAAUAGCUUUUAUUAAUAACAACAAUGAAAUAAAUGUUGCUUUUGCAUUAGUGCGGUGAUAGCAGACAGAACCCCUUUGGCUGGUGGGAAUAGCCUUUAUUGUAGGAAACCCUUCAAAACCCUGCAAAAAUUCCAUACAGAACAUGGAAUAUUCACGACUGCCUUAAUGAUUGACUACUGCAAAUAUCAGGAUCAAGUUAGAUGAAUUUUUUGGAACUGGUAUAGUGAUGCUGCCUUCAGACUGUUAGCUUCCAUUUCUGGAAAUAUUUCCAUACACCUUUGGAAUCCAACCCAUUCUUUAAUAAACAGGAUAGAGAGAAAAUAUUUUUAAGUUUUGUGGCUAGUUGUCUUCUUCCUCCAGGUCUCUUGAUAUUGAUGGAGCAAUGGCCUUUAGUAUCUAGAAUUGGUAGGGCUGUUUUUUUUUAAAUCCAGUUUCCUAAUAUAAUUUUCAUAUAGAUAAUGCAGUGUUUCCCUUUCAAUGGAAGUCAUUCAUAAUCCAAGAAGAAGGCAAAUUUCUACAUAUAGCUGCAGAUAAAGGAGUGCUAUUGGUGUCUUGGCAUAAUGCUACUGUAGCUUAUUUAGAUCUUUGAAUGGUAAAAAUAAUUGCAUUAUGCAAAAACAAAUGAACAAACAAACAAAAAUAAACAGUAGAAUAAAAUCUGUGUGGAGAAUGUAGGAUGUAUGCUUUUCCUGCCAACUCUAAGACUCCAAAAUAAACAUUUAACAAAUGCUGCCCA